CUUUAACUUCAAGAGAUGUUUAUUAUUUCGUGGCAAAAUACGAACAGAAUUGCUUGAAAGGAUCCAAGGAACUAGACCAAAAGAUAUUACAUUGCUAUGAGAACGAAAAAAUCAACGCCAAAUCAGCCAAUGAUAUAUCAGAAUACUCUGACGAUAGUUUUGACGACGAAAGGGACUGUGAACUGCAAAGCGUAAUGACGUAUCAUUCAGAUUUUGUGGAUGAUUCCAGAUCACAUACAGAAGAGAAGCGAACAAACAAAGAUUUGCUUGUAAGAGUACAAGAAAACGUCACACAGAUCGAUAACAUAAAAGAAACAGAAACAGGAACAGAGGUCGCUCUUGGUAAGCUGGAUUUUAACCAGCACAUAAACGACCAAUAUAAAGUGAUUGGUAAAAUUCUGCAGCACGAUAACUUAUCUGAAGAAACAAAAGGCGAUUCCUCACAAGUAGAAGAGGUGUUUCAGGGUGAGAAGGAAAACACAGUUUUUAAGUUUAAACAAGAGGACAAGCGAAUAGUUUCAAAUGACUUAAGCCAACGAAAGACAAGAAUCACAUCUUCAAGAAAAGCCAAAGGAUUUUGACCGCGAAAGACUCUUGUCCUUCUGACAACCAAAGGAGAUCCUAAGAAACGCGAAAAACAGCAAGAAAUGGAGAAUGCAGUCAAAGAAAUAUUGAGACGAGGAGAAAACAAGAUCAACGAGUUGAGGGUACGGGCUCAAAACCUUCGUUUGGAUUCAGAAGAGUUAAGGGACGAAAAUAGAGCCUUAAAAAAGCUACAAAGAUUGCAAGGGAAAGAGGUGGCUGACAUGGAAAGAUUCGUUCACAUGACAACCACAACAGCGAGGGACAUCAGAAAGGACGUUAGAGAUGCCGAAGAGUCUUCUUUUAGUAUUGAUACCUCACUUAGGAAGAAAAAUAAAGAGAUUCGACAACUUCGACGAAAAUGUGAGCGAUACGAGAAGUUGAUAGAUAUGGACCAUAAGAUGCCUGGAGUAUCCGAACUGGAGGAGAGACUGGAUCUGGCAGAGAAAUGUCUCCAAGAUAAAGAUAAAGAAAUUGAAACAUUGAACGAGAAGGUCAAGAUUCAAGAAAAGAAAACAAUCCAAGUGAGAAAAAAAGGACAGAGAAAAUUUGCCCAGCUCGAUGAAGAAGUUGAUGGAACAUUACAAGAAUGCGAAGACCUGAAGCAAAGACUAAAGGACGCAGAACGUAAGAUCAGUAUGAACAAUAUAUACAGUCGAAAAUCAACAAUACAUAAUGCUUUUCCAGCCCCACCAAUGCUACCCGCUCUACCAUGGCACCCCCCCGUCUCACGACAAACCACGAGUAGUAAAGUAAAGAAGUGGUUGGACGAUUACGAUAAUAAACACUGA